AUGGCAUCUACUUUCAUUCUCCUACUACUUUCCUUCUCCAUCUUCCCAUUAUUCAUCAUCCAUGGCACCCAGGAGGAUAAAAAACACUACACAUUGAUCCAGAAAACCUGCGAAUUCGGCUCGCACAACUUCACGACCGACAUCCACUACGACUUCUGUACGUCGGCCUUGGAGUCCAGGCCGGCGAGGGAAUGCCAAACUCUGCGUGGCGUAGGCAUGGCAAGCAUUAGGCUCGUCAUAGCCAACGUAACAGACACCAGACGCCACAUCCAAGCUGUGGUGCACAGUGGAAAGGUGAGGCCAUGGGUAAAGCGGUGCAUUGACGAGUGCUCCGACCUCUACGACUCUGCACUCAUCGGAGUGGAGGAAGCGAUGACGAAUUACAAGAGUCAGGACUACACUCAAGCCCAGUAUGGCAUUGACCAAGUCAUCGAUAUGGCGGGGUUAUGCGAGGACCUUUUCGCGGUGGGCAGCCAAGACACGCCAGCCGGCGGCUGCGGCGGGGGAGUCUCGCCGUUUUCGGCAAGGAAUAACAACGCUAUGGAGUUGUCUGCUAUGGUGCUGGCGGUCAUGCGUCUCCUUCAGGAAGGGAGAGUGCACUGA